GAAGCAUUAUUGCAACACGGAACUUGAGUUUUAAAAGGCAAAUGACGAAAACCUGCAGGGAAUGCAUGGGAAGGUCUGGACAAAGGUGAUUAAAUGCAAAGCUGCUGUGUUGUGGGGCCCAAAACAGCCCCUUUCCAUUGAGGAUAUAGAAGUUGCUCCACCAAAAGCCUUUGAAGUUCGAAUUAAGAUUUUGGCUGCAGGAAUCUGCCGAACAGAUGACCAUGUAAUCACCGGAGCCUUGUCUACCAAUUUUCCAGUAAUUUUAGGACAUGAAGCAACUGGGAUUGUAGAGAGUAUUGGAGAAGGGGUAACUACAGUGAAACCAGGAGAUAAAGUUAUCCCACUCUCCAUCCCACAGUGUAGAAAGUGCUCUUCCUGCAUAAAUCCCAAUGGCAAUUUCUGCUUGGCGAUGAAUGUUGCAGAUGAUGGAGUAUUGUCUGAUAGCACCGGCAGAUUUACCUGCAAAGGGAAACCAGUCUACAGGUUCGCAAGAAACAGCACCUUCACUGAGUAUACGGUGACCUCAGAACUUUUGGUAGCUAAAAUUGAUGCUGCUGCUCCUCCUGAGAAGGUGUGUUUGAUUGGCUGUGGAUUCGCCACUGGCUAUGGGGCUGCAAUCAACACUGCCAAGGUCACCCCUGGAUCUGUUUGUGCUGUCUUUGGGCUGGGAGGAGUUGGCCUCUCCAUUAUUAUGGGCUGUAAAGCAUCUGGUGCCUCCCGGAUCAUUGGAAUUGAUACCAACCCAUGCAAAUUUGAGAGGGCCAAGUCUGUAGGAGCCACUGAGUGCAUCAACCCUAAGGAUCAUGCAAAGCCCAUCAGUGAAGUACUGAAAGAAAUAACUGGCGAUUCUGUGGAAUUCACUUUUGAGGCCAUCGGACACCCUGAAACCAUAAUUGAUGCCCUGGCUUCCUGCCAUGAGAGCCAUGGGACCAGUGUGGUCGUAGGAGUUCCUCCAUUAUCUAAAAUGAUCGCCUAUGAUCCCAUGCUGCUGUUCACUGGACGCACCUGGAAAGGAUGUUGCUUUGGAGGUUGGAAAACCAAAGAUGACAUCCCCAAACUAGUGUCCGAUUUCAUGGCAAAGAAAUUUGAUUUCGACCAGUUAAUAACCCAUGUUUUACCUUUUAAUAAAAUCCAUGAAGCAUUUGAUCUGCUCAACAAAGGAGAGAGCAUUCGAACGGUCCUGAUAUUUUGAGCUUCUCCAUAACUGGACAUAUCCAUGGAUGCAUGCUAGGCUCUUUCUCUGAGAUUUCCUUUUCAUAUAAUUAUGACAGAGCUUCUGUGAUUGUCUCCUGUGGGUCAUGCUCAAAAGAGAAACAAAGUACAUUGGACCACACUUUCCAAAAUAAUAAAUUUUAAGUUGUCACUGCCAUAAUUCAAUUUACCUGUGGUAGUAGAAGGUGUUAACGUUGUUAUUGCUGUUGUUUUAAUGUUUAUAAAGUGGGUUACACUGGACUAAAACAUCCCAUAAAUGUUUUAAGUUUUUAUUAGUUUUGACUGAAGUGGAAUUUUAAAGUAGAAUCCCAAUAUCUUUGUGUCAAAAGUAUUAAGAAGAUUCUAAUCAUCUGCUUCCAGAGAGCUAGGCUAGGCAGUGUAGGGCUUAAGAUGAUGCUACCAUAAUAUCUCAGAAGCAGAUAGUAUCUUUUUAUGAAGUACUGAUAAUGAAGCUUUUCAAGUUAUGUUUACUCCACAAAAAGCAUAUGCUUGCCUUUUUUCUUUCCCCCUUUUAUGUUUCAGAGGAGAUGGAUACUUUUUGAUACAGCUUUUAUGAAUUAAAUAAAAUCUGUUAAAUAAAAUAGUCUGUCAUCAUA